AUGGACGUCCUGAGCUCCGUGACCUCCCACCCCAUCUGGUUUGCCUGCUCCUUGGCCCUGUCCACGGUGCUCUGGGUGUGCAAGAAGAGGAGGUGGGCUCCUGGCUCCUGCCCCGUGGAUCUGAGCGGCAAGACGGCCAUCGUCACCGGAGCCAACAGCGGGAUUGGCAAGUACGUGGCCCUGGACCUGGCGCGCAGGAAUGCGCACACCAUCCUGGCGUGCCGCAGCUUAGAACGGGGCCGGGCUGCCGUGGAGGAGAUCCGCCGGGCCACGGGGAACCCCCAGGUGGAGCUGCGCCUGCUGGACACCAGCUCCAUGGCGUCGGUGCGGGAUUUUGCUCGGCAGUUCUUGGAGAAGAACAAGCGGCUGGACAUCCUGGUCAACAACGCCGGAGCCUCAGGUAUGCCACAUUCCAUCACUGCUGAGGGGUUGGAGCUGACCUUCGCCACCAAUGUCCUGGGCCCCUUCCUUCUCACCAACCUUUUGCUAGAUGUGCUGAAGGCCUCGGCCCCCGCACGCAUCGUAAAUGUGUCGUCCUGCAUGCAUUAUCGUGGCUCCAUGGAUGUCCGGUGCCUGACGGGAGAGGAAAGGAUGAAGAAUAGCAGCCAGGUCUACAACAGCACCAAGCUCAUGAACAUGAUCUUCACAGCCGAGCUGCACCGGAGGCUGAGUGGAACAGGGGUGUCGGUCAAUGCGCUCCAUCCAGGCAUUGUUAAGACAGAGAUCAUGCGCUACUACAGCUGGUGGGCCCGCCUGCUCUUCAACAUCUGUUCCAUUUUUCUCAAGACACCAAAAGAUGGAGCGACCAGCACGAUCUACUGCGCCGUCUCCCAGCAAGUGGAGGGCAUUUCUGGGAAGUACUUUGACAGCGACUGCAGCCUGGCCGUGCCCCUGCCCCUCGCAGAAGACCCGGCCAUCGGGCGCAAGUUCUGGGAGGCGGCAGAGAGAGUGACGGGCCUGGGAGGGGCAGGGGAGAAGCUCGGGGGGAAGAAGUGAUCACCCCAAAACAGCACAAAACUCUGGAAGGCCAGUCUGGCUUCUCCAAGACCUCUUGCUUGAGUUGCCAUUCUGCCCCUCGAAGGAGGAGAGGCAGCAUCGUGCCCCAUGGAUCCAUUGGGUAUUUGUUUUCUGUGUUUGCCCAUGUCCUUUUUUGUCUUACAGCAACCUU